AAAUAGUUGAUCCCGCCCACUUGUUGCAAUGUGAUUUGUUGACGGUGAAAAGGCAUCGUUUGAAUUUCUGUUGGAUGUGCUGACUGCUCGGAGAAGGGCAUUUCUUUUUCCAGUAUUUUAUAAAACAUUGAAUUCGGGAAUAUUGUUCAAUUCCACGGACUUGGUUGCAGUAUUUUUCUCCUUUUGGUCCUGAGCUGUGUGUUGGAGACGAUGCGUCAUGAUAAAUCUGCCAGCCGCCGGAAGGGCACAACCCCUCAACAUCGCCCCCCGCUGCAGACCCCAGGGACCCCUGGUUCAACAUCCCGGUCCCCAAGACUUAGUGGAGUGUCAGUCCAGCCUCCCGUGCCUCCCAAGAAGAAAAGGUUUCGACCAGGAACCAGGGCUUUAAUGGAGAUCCGCAAGUACCAGAAGAGCACAGAUCUUCUGCUCAGGAAGGGACCCUUCUCUCGCCUGGUUCGUGAGGUGUGCCAGAGUUUUUCCACUGAAGCUUUCCGGUGGCAGGUCUAUGCUCUCAUGGCCCUGCAGGAGGCUGCGGAGGCGUUUCUCGUCAUGUUGUUCUCAGAUGCCAACCUGUGUGCCAUCCACGCCAAGCGGGUGACGAUAUUCCCCCGUGACAUUCAGCUGGCCAGGAGGAUCCGCGGGGUGGACAAUCUGUAAAGACAACAGAGUGGACAGCAGGAGGGACAGAGUGUUCUGAUACUAUGAUACUUUGUGUAGUCUGUUCAAACGGGAUAACUGUCGUUAACGUUUUCUGAUUUUGUGCUACAGUAUCGGAAUUCUUUAUUUAAAAAAAGUUUCAUCACAGGUUUUAUGAAAAUGUUACAUUGCAUAUUAGAUCUGAUGUGUUUAUUUUAAACAGUUUUAUUGAUUUUGAUAUAUUAUUGAAGUGUACAUAUUGUUCUCCAUUUAAGUAAACUUAUUUUGUUAAUAAACGGCAAGAUUUUUUCUAUUCCGUA